AGCACUCGUCUAAUAUGCCGCCACCGCACGACCCGCCUUCGAAGUCGCACCCGCACCCCUCCCAGAGACACGACGCGUCGUACGGCCCUCCCGGGUCUGGCCCGUCUCCACAACAGCCCCCAGCGGGGAUGCCCACGCACAACGGGAUGAGUGCGGGCCAGACGCGCUCAGAGAAUGGCACGGACCCCUCGUCGAAAAGGUCCCGCCCGCAGGCUGCCGUCAGCGCCUCGCCUGGGCGGUCCCCUCACACUGCGUAUCCGUCGUACCCUGCGCAAGCUCCGCCGCCCGGUUACCACCAGGGCCCUCCCCCGCAGGCGCCCCCACCUCACGAGCAGCAGCCUCCGCAUCCGUCGCAGUUCUCACAUGGGGGCCCGCCCCCCGGCUACUCUGGGUACCCCCCUCCCCCGCUUCCCCAGAGGCACUACCCUAUGCCCCCUCCACCUCCGCCCGCGCACCAUCAGGCCCAGCCACCGCCGAGCCCGUACCCACCGGCAGGUCCACCGCCGGAGCACUGGCAAACGCACCCACCAUCUCAGCCGCCCCAGCAUGCUCCGCAACAAUUCAAUGGCUUCACUCGGACAACUCCGCUUGUUCCGGCCCCCGUCGAGACGCGCACCAGUGCCCCCAGCCCUGCGGACGCGGAACGAGCCGCAGCGCGUCAACACGUGAUUGCAGAGAUCCUGAAGCACUGCGGCGUUCUGUAUGGGUUUGCCCACCAUUACAGCCAAGCUUCGACUGCGCACCCGCAUGUGCAGCCGGCUCCUCCAGAACUAGAGGAGAUGAAUUCUCGCGCGUCGACAGUUGUGCGUCUCUUGGACGACCUGAGGCGCCUAGAUGCCGGUGAAGACAUAAACCGCAAAGAGAGCGCGAAUGGAACCGCUACUCCUGCCGAAGACCACCCUCGCCCGCCGAAAAGACCUUGGGAAGAUAUGGCCCGAGACGGGGAGCCGCCGUCCUCGGCUAGCUACUCCGAUGCUCCUGGGCACCUCUCGCACCCCGACGAGCAGGCACAGUCCACGGCCGAGCAAGACAUGCAGAUCAUCCGCAACAAGCGGCAAUCGAGCGCAGGCGGCGCGCAACCCGGGCAGCAGAAGAACAAAUACAGGAAGCGUAGUCGAGCUACCCCUCCUGGAAAGUGUCACUCCUGCAACAUCCGCGAAACCCCCGAAUGGAGACGCGGUCCCGACGGCGCAAGAACCCUUUGCAACGCGUGCGGCCUGCACUAUGCGAAGCUCAUGCGCAAACGCGACAAGGCGCUCGAUGCGAACGGCAAGGCACCGCCCAUCGACCUCCAAACCCUCCGAGCCUCCACCGCCUCGGCUCGUGGAAGCGGCAGCACCGGCAGCGGCGAACACAGCGGGGAGUCCGCCCACCCGCAGCAGCACCAGGGCCCGCCCCCGCCCUCGCCCUACGAGCAGCCCAAGCAGGCUCCCCCGAUGCAUCCCCCGCCUCCCCACCCGCACCAGGGGCCGUACCAGUUGAUGCCCGUGGGCGCGCCUGGUCCGUCAGGGCAGCCGCAUCAGAUGAUGCCCCCGCCUCCCCACGGGUCGUCUGCGCCGCACAGCGCGAACGGCGCGCCCGUCCCGCCCCCGCCGUGGCUCGCGUCGCCCGUGCAGGAGCGCGGCGGGUACAGCGCGGAGCCCCAGUCGUACAUGCGCGCGUCGCACCCCCCCUCGCACGCCCGCGCGUCGCCGCAGUGAUCGGCGCGUCGUGUCCAGUCGCAGUCGGACAGAUCGUUCGUUCGUUUCGCCCUAUCAUAUAUGCUGCUUCCCUGUCUGUCUUCGCCUGUGCUGUCUGUUGCCCGCGCUGCCUCCCAACUUUCCACGCCGCCCACACCGGGAUCGACGCGAACUUGCAUCUCGGUAACCUGACCGCCCGUCACUUAUAAUCUCGAGCCCCGUGUUCUGCCUGUAUAAUCCGGCCCCGCCGUGUACAUACCCCGCCGCUUGUGCCCUGUGUUGAUAAUCGAGCCCGCGCGACACCGCC